UUGUCAUUCGCUUCUUGGUCGCAUCUGAAAGUACUAUUUAAGUGAUGAGCAGAACGGUGAUUUCGACACUACACUAGGAACACGUUCUUCAGCCAAGUACUCUCAGGCUACUACUCGCGAUCGUAUUCGCUGUUGACGACACAAACUCUGCGUAUUCGACAGUGAACCAGGCUGCGAAGGAAUGAAGUCCAAAGUAGAGUUACUGUCUCUUCCUGAAGAACUUCUACUUUAUAUUCUAAGCUUCCUUCCUUGGCAAGAUAUUCUACGUUGCACAUCCCUGUGUAAGGUCCUUCGCCAGGCAUACAUAUCAUCUUCCGAGUUGCAGUACAUCACCGAAUUGGGUGGCCAACAACUGCUCCCCGUUUUCGGUGGUUACGUUUCUUUUUCAAAGCGCCUACAAUUCCUAAGGGACAAAGCCCACGCAUGGUUCAAGUUUGACAUUCACUCUUUCGAAGCAAUCUCUAUCCCGGCACAAUUCUGUACAGGAUCAGAAGUGACCAUCGCCAAUGGAUAUGCCUGUUUCUGGAAGCCAACUAUGUACUUGUGCAAGAUCUUUCCAAUGCUACCCAAGGCCUUACAACAAACCAUUGAGCGUGAUUUCUCUCCAGAUUCGCUUUGCUCAGUUCCCAAACAGAAACAAAGCGACUUCGAUGUUUUGAAUGUUUUCAUCGACCCGGUGCAAAACCUGCUCGCCAUCGCCUAUGUCACAGUCAUUAGAAAUGGCAACAUGGUAUAUGAUGAGGAGUAUUAUAUUGACCUUAUAGCCCUGGAUGGAGAUGGUACCCACCCUCAAGCUGCUGGACGGACUCUGUUUCUCUCUGAUUUGCCAACACGCGAGAACUUUAUUACAAAGAGUACGAAAAUCGAGGGUUUUGGGAGAUAUAUCGCUUUACGACUGUUUGACGAUCAGUCGCGCACCCCUGCAUUUACGUCCAGAUGGUGGUUGCAGAUUUGGGACUGGCAACACUCAACAACGUCCAAUAGCAUCCUCAGCGGCCCAAUAAUAGAUCCAGAUUUUGACGAGAUCGACAUUUGCUUCCUCGGAAAUAAUAGAUUUUUGAUUGUCAACGACAAUUUAAAGCUCUACUCAAUUGAGGACAUGUCUCAGGCACCGCUAUUGCUGGCUUGCUUCUCGUUGCCCGUAUCAUUUAUGAACCUACAAUGCUUUACUCCGACGGAUGAUAUUGCACGUAGCUCACACUCCCAGACACAAGCCCCACAAGUAACGUGGAUCUCGAAUCCUAAACAUCGACUACUCUCCUUUGUCACGCGGCAUCCAGAUCUCUACUUCGUCAUUUCCACUAGGAUUUUCUUCGAGCCUAACUUCGUUGAUUCGAAAGGAACAGCCACAAUACCAUGGGAAUCCUGGGGUCCUUCAAAUGCUCGUGCUUUCCCACACCGAUUUUUGUGCAAACUUGCCGUUAGCGGGAAUCGAGCUUUGUAUGCACUCGCUAUAGCCGGCGCAAAAAUGGAUGACUCGGGUCAUUCGACAGAGUACAGAUUACAUCUCAUGGACUUCAGUCCAUCAGCUGUUAAGCGUCACCACCAGCAAGGCCUAGGAAGAAUGGUGAAUGAGCCAUCUACAGUAGAACACGUCGAGACGAAGGAAUGCAUCACGACAUCCAUGCCCUAUGUCGAGGUCGUAUCUGACAAAACGAUCAGCCAUGGCGAGCUCAUUGAGAUGUGGCUCGAUAGCGACAAACUCUAUUUGUUGAAGAGCCGUUUUGACACUGAUAAAAUAGAUCAGUUUGAAGUCAUCGAGUUUUGAGAGCGAACGCCGCAUGAUACUAGUAGAACGUUGACCUUCCGUCGACAGUACUUGCGAGACAAGAGGCCGAGGAUUAUACAUUGAUUAUACAGAGAUAUAUCGUAUUAGGGACGAGCACACAGGAUGAUUAGGCGAUAAUUAACAUAUCUACAUAGGGCUC